AUGAAGUCGUCGUUCUACUCAUCGUUUACAGCAUCGAACCCGAUGAGAAGAAGCAGUAGUCAGUACAUGAACGACUUGGGGUCAGAGUCGCACCCUGAACGGGCUACCGAACAGUACUGGCGCUCAUUAAUUGCUGAUUCGGUUUAUUUUGAAGGUCAUGAUUCUCUUUUUGGCCACAUAAUAGCGAUGGUCUACCAGAACAAGACGACCAAGAAGCUCAGCUGCAUGCUUCUCAGUGUACAUGGACAGACCAUUGUGGAUUCCAUGUCGUUGAGCAGACAUUCCAAGUACUAUCCCGCAGUCGAGAAUCUCAGCAAGGACUGUCGCAAAAGCAACGUGAGAAGAGCAUUGGCUGUGGCUCUACUGCGAACGUACGCGAAACUGGACCCAAAAACCAAAUCGCUCAUGAUGAAGAAAGCCCAAAUAAAACCAGAUUAUGACUGGGAUGAGACGAACGCAGGCAAAAUCGCUUCUCAAAUGAAACUCAUCGACAAGAAGACUCCGAAAGAGGUGGGCGAACUGAUAUUGAAGCUAGGAUUUGCACAACAACGCAAGCAACGAACGUCUUAUGUUGUGGAUGUCCUCUAUGCCAAUACCGGGAAUCUGGAAGACUCUGACAAAAACAACGAGCUCGCGUUUUUGUUAGGAGAACAACUGGACCACCUGUUCGAUCCGUUGACCGAAUAUUCUCCUGAACCGACAGAAAAAGCAUAUAAACCUCCUGUCGAUGCACCACAGCUUCAUGAUUCAGAUGAUAUACUUGUUAAAAGUAUUUGCAACGAGCUAAUCAAAGUGCAAACUAAUUUCACCGUCUCUUUGGUGCAAUUCUUACAAAAAUUCCUUAUUCCCUUAAGGGUGGAUGUGUUGGAGGGGAAAAUACCAGGAUACACGACUGCAAAACUUAAUCAGAUAUUUCCACCAACCAUCGAUGAGGUGACCAGAAUCAAUUGUAUAUAUCUGGACAUUUUGAAAACGGCUCUUCCUUAUGGAAGUUUUGAGUUACUCAAGGCCAGUGGUACUACAAUCCCCUACUUUUACAAAGCGCACAUGAGACAUGAGGCCGCCACAAAAACAUUUGCUACUCAAUUGGAUGCCUUCAUGAUUGAUAUGAAAAGAAAUGGUUACGACAAGCUUACCUUUGACCAAAAGACUAUUCAAUCAAUCAUGCAUGCAUCUUUAAAUCUGCCAAAAUUGCAAUUAAUUUUGGAUAGGCUCGUGACAACUAAGAAGUGGCCUCAGGACUUGCAGUCCGAGGUUGAUGGGUACUACCAGUCAUGCUUGAAUACAAUCAUAGCGUUUGGCAGCGACGCUCUCAAGCCUUACAAUCACAGAAUAUUCACCCCCACCGGUAAAAUCCUUACGGAAUUAGCCAGUGGCUGGCCAGCCGAACUUCAGUACGGCUGGUUGACCAGAAGAGUGGUUGCAAUCUUUGAUGUCAAAAAUGUGCUAAAAAAUUCAUUGAAGAACAAUGCUGUGAUGAUUAUAUUCAGUGAUCAUGUUGUGAUUUUGGAAAUUGUGGACGAUUUGUACUAUUAUGACCUUUUUGAGGCUGAGGUCCAUAUUCACAAGCCAUCUAUUGCCGAUGUAUUAAUGCACUCAUUGGUCAACGAGGUUCCAUUUGCUAGCUUGCCAAAAAUGAAAGUCGAAAGAUGGUCUGGCAUAAAUGAUACCGAAGCUCAAUUCUACAAUUACGACGGAAAAGCGUACAUCCAGCUCUUCGAUGAUAAGGCCUUUGAUGUUUAUGAAGUGAGCAAAUAUGCAGGUUCUCACGUCAUCGAGGUUCUCAACAAAGCAAAGAUACUCAACAAAUCGCAGCCAUUUCAUUUGUUUCGCACAACAGAUGCUACGCGAGCACUGUAUUACACCGCUCAUGAAUUAGAAACAUACAAGUCCGAAGAAACCAAGUCGCCUUUUGCUGUGUUUUUAAACAUGGAAUUUGACGAAAGCUAUUUGAAGAAAUACUCCCUAUUUGGAUUUGUCACGCUUAACUUCUCGUCUAAUAAAAUACACAUUGAGGGUACCAGCUGCUGUGAAAAUUAUGUGAGUUAUGAAGUUCCAUACGGCGAGCUGUCAAUUAAGCUGUUAGGUAAAAUCUUUGACAUGCUCGAUUUCCAAUUGACGUACGCUAAUCCAAUGAUCAACCACAAGCUUUAUGAUAGAUCAAAGGAGAUGUAUUCCAAGGCUGCACUUGUGAUGAAUAGCAGUCAAGAGAGCCAACGAAAAGAGCUUGCAAACAUAAAGAAGGCCCACAAGCUGUUCAUGGAAAACAGAAAGCUUGUGGAAGGACACCAAGUCCUCAAGCCAAGAUCGGACACUUUGGACAUGCUGAAUAAUAACCGAGUGAGCUCGACUAAGAUAACAAAACCGAAAGACAAGUCGGUGCCAUUUUACAAGCGUAUGUUUGGCGGGAAAAAAGGAUCGAUGGCUCGCAAUAUCAGGGCUCCUGGCAAGACGCCAGAAGUCGAACCAGUUGCAGUGCACAAAGACGAAGAUUUAAAGCCGGCUUCUCCAACCGUGUCCAGCAUGGUAGCAGCUAAUGAAUAUCACUUCCCAACAAGACAGGAUAGCAUACUUCGAAUUGGGCAGCGCCAAAGCUCGCAAAUCUCAGCUAUCAACUAUAAUUCUGAUAGAUCCACAAUUCGUCAAGUCUCUGUUGCAGAGUCUGAUAAUCUGGUUGAUGGAUUCGGAUUAAAUAUUGACAAAGUGAGGCCCGAGAUAUUGAAGGGGAAAAGUAAUAAGGAGACAGUGCCUAACGACAAACCGCAAACAGCUUUCCGUCGGGAGGAGGUACAAUCUAACAAGGAUUCUAAAGACUCCUCAUCCCAAGAUGCUUUGAAAGAGAAGCUGGAGAGGUACUUUAGCGAAGCCCGGAAAAGAAGAGAGCAACACGAGAAUAAUCUGAAAGAAUAUGGCGUCAGCUUGGUGAUGGAGGCUCAAGAGGCUCCUCUUGGUACUAGGUGCCUCCUGUUCUCGCCUAGUGUUGUGGCCAAGCUGAAUAAAUUUGGCGACAAUGAAAAAGGCGAUAAUUGGACAGUUGCCAACAACGACGACAGUUCCGCUUGGGAAAGCGAUAAAAGUAGCGACUCGAUUGUCAGCAGAGUCGCAAGCUUUGUAAAACGGCCUGUGAGCAACAAAGGUCGGUACAAACAUCCUUUGGUGGCGUUAAGAGAUACAAAGACGGAGAAACAGGUUCCAAGAGUAUCAAAGACUUCCGAACUGAAGGAAGACAAUCUAGAGCCUCCUAGUGUCCUGCAAUCAAAAAAUUCACCGGCUAAUUUAGAAGCCAAGAGACCUAGUGUGCGCGUCGUCACUCCACUACAAGCGGCACACGAAAAGUUUAAAGAUCAGCCUCCGAUUCCAGAAAUAGCCAAGGAGGCAGAUCUAUUCCAAGACAUUGAUUUAUCCAGUACAUUUGACAUGUCACUUCCUGAUCUGACGGAUGACAUGGAAAUAUUCGAUUCCCCGCAUAACGGCAAGUCUGAAACAGAAGAAGAGAAAUUCUUCACCCCGAGAGAAGUCCCAGCAGCCGUCUUUGAGGAGCAAAAUGCUAGUCUUACUGAGCAGAGCACAACCGAGGUUGACAAAACAUCGUUAUGUUCUGCCCUCGAGGAAGUGCAGGAUAAUACUGUGGGCAAAGUGCUAGUCAAUAUGUGGAACGAGAAGCGCUAUAUGUCGAACUCGUCUCUUUACACGGGUAUCUUGAACGAUGAGUCCUAUGCCUACCUGGCUCCUCUUCUUGCAGGCAACAUUACGAUGGAUGGAAGUGUGGCAGCAGGAAAGGAGCAGCCCAUAGAUUAUGAUGCCAUAAUAGCACGCGGCCUCAAAGAAAGUUCCUUAAGGUAUCUGGCAGGGCUUUUGGGUGAGUAGGAAGGCAAUCCAUGGUCA